AUGUUUAUGAUGAGGAAAAUAUUUAAUUCUACCACACUCAAGGCAACUAGAAAUGAAUUAUUCCAUUUAAGAAAUUUAGGAAGAGAACAACUCCUUGAAUGUUUUAUUAAUGAAGCGAAAACUUUCUGUGAGAAAUUUGAAUUAAAUGAAAGAAAUUGGAUAUGGAAACGUAUUAGUUUAAAAAAAAAAAUGGAUGGAGAAUUGUCAAAUGACGAAAGAUCAAAUUCAACCGAAGACAAUUUUGUAAGUGAAGUUUAUAAUAUUACACUUGAUAAAACAAUCAUGAUGAUUGAUAAACGGUAUUCUAACGCUGAUCAUAUUCUAAAAUAUUUGACAUUUUUUUCUCCUGACAAAUUUGGUGAAGAAUCCCCUAAAGAUAUUUUUAAAAAUAUAGCACAAUGGUUAACCACAGUGAAUGAGGAAAAUUUAAGUGUGGAAUUUGAAAUAUUUAAAAACUAUUUUGAUGAACUAAAUUCAAAAAAUGUUGAUUUAAAUAUAUCCAAAUUGUUUAUAAGUUGCCAAGAUGCAGAAGACACAGAAAAUAGUGAUGAUGAUAUUCAAACGGAAAGUAUCGGAAAAAUCAAAAAGUCAGAUUUUAAAAUGGUCCAAAUCUUAAAAUUGUUAUGCAAGUUUAAUUUGGAAUCAGCAUUUCCAAACUUAUAUACAGUCUAUAAAGCAAUAUGUACACUUCCUCCAACUUCAGCGACAGCCGAAAGAACCUUUUCAAAACUCAAAUUAAUAAAAACCAAACAUAGGUCGGCAAUGGGUGAGGCUUGA